UGGGAGUGUGUGUGUGUGUAUGUGUGAGCGUGUGUUGUCGGCUGUUGCACACGUGUGUUUUGUGUGCACUCGAGCGCGUGUGUGUAUUUGUGUGCUCAUGUGUGCGUUGAGUUGCGUUGCGCUACAUCAGCUGAUGUAACAGCUUUUCUACUCUUGUGCGUCGUGGUCUGUAUUUGUUUUGGGUGUUUGGAGGGAGAGCACGCGCCGUGCCUGGCUGAAGUGUCACCAAGGAUAAAGCAACACCUGAGCAACAAGGACCAACACAGAAUUGACCUUUGACCUUAUAAAACCACCAUCCAUUCCAACUACCUGUCUGCCUCCAUCCAUCCUUCUUGCCCAUUCUUCCUCUCCUCCCUUCAUCCCUAUUCGCAUUGGCUCCAUAGUGACAAUAGUGCACCCUGGUGGAGUGGAGGACUGAGGGUACCCCCACCCACACUGGGCCCUUAUCCUGCCCAGUUGAAGGCUCUCGACGCUGGGGUGAAGAUGGAGGAGGAGCAGCCUCCUGUGGAGCUCACACCAACCACCACCGCCACCACAUUAGUUCUCGACCUCACAGAUACAGAGACAGUAGAGGGGCAGCAUGUGCUUGUGGUGGACAAGGAGGAUUCGGCAAGCACCGUUUCCGAGCGAUCUGAAGCCAUCUGUCUGGACCAAUCAGAGAGAGAUAGAGAGGAGAUGGAUAGCUUCCGUGACCAAUCAGAGGAGACGGACAGCUUCCGUGGCGGAGAGAGUCCCGCCUCCAAGGAGCAGGGAUUGGAGGACCGAGAGUGUGUGAUCUCGUCGUCCGAGGGUGUGUCAUCUCUCAUGGACUCGCCCACUGCAUCAUCGUCGCUGGUUACCGGCUCGAUUGAUUCUCUCCAAUCAGGGAGCUUGGAGGUACAAGGAGAAGAACAUUCCUCCUCCCCAGAAACCCCGCCCCCUCAUCAGUCAGCUGAGGAAGAGGAAGAGGAGGAUGAAGGACGAUGUUCUCCGAAAACACAAGUCAUCACACACCACAUGGAGAACACGACUGCAGCAACUUCCGGUGAAUCUCCAAAACACACUCACACGCACGCUUGGGUGCAACGACAAAUCUCCCUCUCCUUUGUGUCACCUGAUGAUGAUUCAACCAAUCACAAAGAGGGAGAGAGUCAUUCAACCAAUCACAAAGAGGGAGAGAGUCAGAAACAGGAAACAGAGAAAGGACAGCAAGGAGAGGAACAGAGGGAGGAAGAGGAGGAGGUGGAGUUUGAUGUCCUGGCCAAAGAUUUCGACCAAUCACUGGACCAGCUCAACCAGCUCAUUCUGGACCUGGACCCAGAGUUCGAGCCAAACCCCGCCCCCCCUACUUCACGCCGGGCCGGUCACAUGACCCGGUCAGCAUCGCUCUUCACCAAUGGGGUGAACCGGAAUCCCUCAUCAGGUUUGCUGUAUCGGCAGGCAAGUGAUGUCACUGAUUACCCAGGAUUCCACAGCCCGACCGAGGAUCUCCGUCAUGUGUUUAACCACUCGCCCUUGUACUCGCCAUCUUUUACACAGCUGUAUCGCAGCGAGAGCCUCGACUAUGGAGAUCAGUCUCCCGUGAUGGGCAGUCCCCGGUGGGCGGGAUCUGGAGACCAAGCCCCUCCCACCCCAGCAUUUCCUGUUUGCCCGCCCACUCCAUACGUAGAGUCCCGGGGGUUCCUGAACAUGCACAGCAGUCUGACGAACACGCACGCACAUCCUCAUCCUCAUCCCCUCACACACUCGGCCUCAACCUGCGACGAGACGGGACCAGGAUCACUAAGCCCCGCCUCCCACCAGCGCAUGAUUGGCUCUCUACGCUCAGUCUCCUCCUCCAGUCCCCUUCCUCAUAACCACAGUCCUUCGCCGCUACGUGGUUGGGAUGAAGUAUCUGACCCUGCCUCCUUCUUGACCACUCCUCUCACCUCCCACCCUUCACACACAUUCUCCUCCUCCUCCUCCUCCUCCAUCCUCAGCCCUGGCUCCCACCCCUUCUCCUCCCCCAGCCCCAUCCCUGGCCCUGGGUCCAGCUCUCCCCUGUCCCCCCAGAGCCUGAGUGGAGUGGAGCCCAGCCUACUGGAGGCGGUUCAGGGCUUUGAAGGUCUGGGGCUGGAGGACCCCUCUCCUCCUCCCAUCCUGCCCCAGAAGAGGAGAGGGCCGGACGGGGUGGAGACGGGCCUGGGUGCCCUGCUCAAUGGCAGCAGCUGCAGCAGCAGCCCUGAGCUUCUGGGGAGUAGACAAGAUUCAGUGAAGUUUGUUCAAGACACCACCAAGUUCUGGUACAAACCUGACAUCACACGUGAACAGGCCAUCGCGGCGUUGAAAGACCGCGAGCCGGGCUCAUUCAUAGUGCGCGACAGCCAUUCAUUCAGAGGAGCGUACGGAUUGGCCAUGAAGGUUGCCACGCCCCCUCCCUCCGUCCUACAGCAGAGCAGGAAAGCUGGAGAUCUGUCCAGUGAGCUGGUGAGACACUUCCUGAUUGAGUGCACCCAGAAAGGAGUCAGGCUGAAGGGCUGCCCAAACGAGCCCUACUUUGGAAGCCUCACAGCCCUGGUGUGUCAACAUUCCAUCACACCCUUAGCCCUCCCCUGCAAACUCAUUAUACCUGACUGUGAUCUACUAGAUGGUGUCUGUGAAGCCCCGACUGAAACUGCCACCAAUUCAGCUGCCGAACUGCUGAAACAGGGAGCAGCGUGUAACGUGUGGUUCCUGGGUUCAGUGGAUCUGGAGUCCCUGACGGGCGGGCAGGGCGUCCAGAAGGCCACCAGCGUCACCCUGGCGAUGAGCCCGCCCCCCACCUCCACCAUCGUCCACUUCAAGGUGUCCGCACAGGGCAUCACGCUCACCGACAACCAGCGCAAGCUGUUUUUCCGGAGGCAUUACCCAGUGAAUACAGUAAUAUUCUGCGCCUUGGACCCGCAAGAGAGAAGAUGGAAAAAAGAUGGCUGCCCAGACGCCAAGGUGUUUGGCUUCGUGGCGCGUAAGAGCAGCACCAGCAUGGAGAACGUGUGUCACCUGUUUGCCGAGCACGACCCCGAGCAGCCGGCCAGCGCCAUCGUCAACUUCGUCUCCAAGGUCAUGAUCGGCUCACACAAGACCAAGUAGCCAAGAGGGAUGGAGACAUCUGGACUCAUCAACACACACACACACACACACACACACACACACACACACACACACACACACACACACACACACACACACACACACACACACACACACACACACACACACACACACACACACACAAAUCAACUUCGUCUCCAAGGUCAUGAUCGGGUCACACAAGACCAAGUAGCCAAGAGGAGGCACUCAGACACAUGGACUCAUCAACACUCACACACACACGUACGCACAUACACAGUCAUAUAGGUAGACUUCAGCCGCUCUAACACACACACACACACACACACACACACACACACACACACACACACACACACACACACACACACACACACACACACACACUCACCAAGACCAAGUAGCCAAAAGGCACUCAGACGCACGCACGC